AUGGUAUGUGAACACAGCUUUGCGAAAAACCCUCAUGAUGAAUCACUACUAACUUGACUUUUUUCUCUCAUUCUAGUCCAUCAAGCUACCUUUUAACAAAAAGACAAGAAUGUCGGACUUGAUCAACUACCGUCUCAAGAUAUUGACGGUGGACAAUAGGACGUACAUCGGCUCGCUCCUAUCGUUCGACAAACAUCUCAACUUGGUGCUAUCGGAUACAGAAGAGACGAGAAUCACGAAAAAAAGCUGGCUUGACAUGAAAAAAAGAAGCGAAGCUAGCGAUAACAAGUCUGCCGUGAGCGCCAAUAAUGGGUUGUUGUUGCCAGAGAAUGGCCCCGCUGCCAACGAAUCACAACCGAGUGUAACUAAGAGACAUCUUGGUUUGAUUAUAUUGAGAGGAGAAAAGAUCAUCAGCUUUUCUGUUGAGACUGCGCCGUUGACCGAUGUCAAGACGCGGGUGGCUACGGGCAAGGGAACCAGUCGACCUUUGAAGCAGCCAGUGAGUCGAUUAAAGAAGUUGGCAUAA